CUCAGUAUGUCGGACGAUUCGGUGUUGAGUCUGGCCAACGUCACGGCGGCCACGUCGGGGACCUACACGUGCGAGGCCAUGAGUGACGCUCCCGACUUCCUAUCCAGCGCGAGGUCGGCACAUCUCUCUGUCAUUGAGUUACCCGUGUCAGGCCCGACGUGGACUGGCGUGCUGAGUGUGUAUCACGUGCACCAACACCUGCGAGCUCGAUGUCACGUGAUGGGCUCGAGACCUCCCGCCGUCUUCACGUUCCUGCUCAAUGGAGAGACGUUUUUGCACGAGGAGCCCUGGGUCACGGAGGACACCCCUCGCUACAACCGGAGGGGGGAAACCUGGAACUCGUCCUCAUCGCUCUCCAUCCCCCUUACGCCGAGAAACAUCCUCAAGUUCUUCCCUUUCGACGACCGCCGCUCCUACUACAACGCAGACUCAAGGACGUACGACGACCUCUCCGUCAGCGGUGGUCCGGCCUAUCAGUCCCCGAGGAUUUUUGUCUCCAAUUCGAAUCAGGAAGUCCUCAUUAACGACAUCGGAAGUCGUUCUCCAGAGGGGUUGAUGGAUGAGUCGCCCUAUUACAUGCCAGGUUCCUCGGGGUCGUCCGAAUACUCUCCUGCAAGUCAUGCUGUGUCGUUCCCGGGGUCAGCCUCACAAACACGCAGAUUGAACCUCACGUGUUUGGCCAAUGUCGGGGGCCUAGUGUACAGGACAACAACUGUUUCGCUCGUCUCUUUCCCCACGGAAAUACACUAUACUAGCAUCACCAGAGGAGCCGUCAGUUCAGGACCUGCGCACAGUAUGCUGACUUGGAUUCCAUUUGCAGCAGUUCUAUACAGUUGAUGAAUAUGCACAUGAUGUUUGCACUUGACACGUAUGCAAGGGGAACAUACACAAGCACAAAUUAGCACGACGUUGCAUGGUAUCCUCUUCCAACUAUGCAACCAGUCCUAUUAUUUUUACUGUUGGAAGAGUGUAUUUGGGAAAAAAAAUAAACGGCCAUAAACUUUCA